ACGCACCCUCGCAGGAAAACAGACUGGUCCAUGCUGGCAGGGGAUUGAGCCGAUGGCUGCCUCCGAGCCUAGGGCUCCCGACUUGUCUAGCUGCUGCUAAACUCAUUGUCAGCGUUCGGGAGGGGCUGCUAAGGAAAGGGCCCCUCUGCACGAGGACCGGCCUGUAACCUAUAGCCUUUUCCCUCCCCUUUUUGGAGCAGGGGAGUGGAAUGCCAUGGCUAACUCGGAGAGUGACGAUGACAACUUCAUGGCUGUGGAUCCCGAGGACGCUGCGGCAGAAGGGGCCAUGGAUCAGGACGAGGGAACGUGCGCUGCCCCUGCCGAGGAGGGAGGGGCUCGGCUUCACCGGUCCAUGCAGGAGUUGCCAGAAGAGGUGCUUGAGUAUAUCUUGUCCUUCCUCUCGCCGUAUCAGGAGCACAAAACCGCCGCCCUUGUUUGCAAGCAGUGGUAUCGACUCAUCAAAGGCGUAGCCCACCAGUGUUACCACGGCUUUAUCAAGUCAGUCCAAGAAGGGAACAUUCAGUGGGAGAGCCGCACAUACCCCUAUCCUGGUACCCCCAUCACUCAGCGCUUUUCGCACAGUGCUUGUUACUAUGACGCCAAUCAGUCCAUGUAUGUCUUUGGGGGCUGCACCCAGAGCAGUUGCAACGCAGCUUUUAACGACCUCUGGCGACUCGACCUUAACAGCAAGGAAUGGAUCCGGCCCCUGGCUUCAGGUUCCUACCCGUCGCCGAAAGCUGGAGCGACCCUCGUCGUCUAUAAGGACUUGCUGGUGCUGUUUGGCGGCUGGACGCGGCCAAGCCCUUACCCCCUGCACCAGCCAGAGAGGUUCUUUGAUGAAAUACAUACCUACUCGCCUUCCAAAAAUUGGUGGAACUGCGUAGUGACAACCCACGGCCCCCCUCCCAUGGCUGGCCACUCCUCCUGCGUCAUACAGGACAGGAUGAUUGUCUUUGGAGGCUCUCUCGGGUCCCGGCAGAUGAGCAGCGAUGUCUGGGUGCUAGAUCUGGAGCACUGGACCUGGUCGAAGCCAAGCAUCUCUGGGCCUGGGCCCCACCCGCGAGGAGGCCAGUCCCAGAUUGUCAUAGAUGACGAAACCAUCCUGGUCCUUGGGGGCUGUGGGGGCCCAAAUGCGCUUUUCAAGGAUGCUUGGCUACUGCAUAUGAGCUCCGACCGUCCCUGGGCAUGGCAGCCCCUGAAGGUAGAGAACGAAGACCAAGGAGCCCCUGAGCUGUGGUGUCACCCAGCGUGCAAGGUGGGGCAGUGCGUGGUCGUCUUCAGCCAAGCCCCCAGCGGGAGAGCACCGCUCAGCCCUAGUCUGAACUCUCGCCCUUCUCCCAUCAGCGCCACUCCACCAGCCCUGCUUCCUGAGACACGAGAAUACCGCUCUCAGUCCCCCGUUCGGACUACAGACGAGGCUCCCUGUGUGAACGGCCGCUGGGGCACCCUUAGGCCCCGGGGGCAGAGGCAGACACCUUCCGGGUCCCGAGAAGGAAGCCUUUCCCCGGCCAGAGACGAUAGCUCGCCAGUGCUGAACGGCAGCGAGGCCUUCUCUCCUGGCACCACAGCCGUGGGUGGGGCCUCUCCAGACAGCCCGCUCCAGCUGCUCUCGCCAAGCACAGCUUCUGUGACAGAAGGCUAUGAUCUGAAGGUUGGCAUUUCCUUGGCACCAAGACGGGGCUCUCUCCCUGAUCAAAAGGACCUGCGACUGGCAGCUGUAGAUUUGAACUGGGAGCCAAAACCCCCUUCUCUUGUUUGCCAGCUGGAUGGUGCAGACAGCAGGACGGUCAGCACGAUAGGCCUCAGGAACCCGCCAGACCACACAAACGGCAUUCACACCCCGCCUCAUAUGUCUAGCUCCUUGAUGGGGGCAGUUUCUCCUAGUGCGCUGCGGCGGAGUCUGGAGGCAGUUCAAGCGCUCUCUUCAAAGGCCCUGCCCACUUUGGCAGUCCGAAGCCCUCCCGUGGCGUCCUCGCCCGGAUCCCCAGGCAGCCAGAGCAUUACCAGCACUGCUGAAGCAGCUGUGCCCGCUGCCCCUCGACCCAGCUCUGCUCAAGGAGACGGGCACGCCUUACCACCCAUUGCUCGUCGCCUGGGCCACCAUCCACCGCAGUCCCUGAACGUCGGCAAGCCCCUGUAUCAGAGCGUCAACUGCAAGCCCAUGCAGAUGUACGUGCUGGACGUCAAGGACGCCAAGGUGCGCGGGCGGGUCCAGUGGAAAGUGUUCCACGGCAGCGCUGUGGUGGGGCCGCCCGAGACCAGCCUGCACACUGUGGUUCAGGGGCGGGGGGAGGUGAUCAUCUUUGGCGGCUUGAUGGACAAGAAGCAGAACGUCAAGUACUAUCCGAAAACAAAUGCCCUGUACUUUGUGCGUGCAAAGAGAUAACAUGGCCGUGGGCGACCUCCCCUCCCCUGCCCUGCCCUCCCCUGCCCUGGCCUCGCGGCUCCCACCGAGCCCAUCUGCCCUACCCUGGGUGCGCUGUCAAGCAGGUUGUGAAUGUGGCAUCCCACCCACCAAUAAAGAGAUCUAAGCAAACGGCA